UAUAAAUAAUAACUACACAAACAACUAACAGCUGCUAAAUUUGCUAAACUGUAUCGUCACGGGCAAAAUGCUGGGCCAACCAGCAGUGUUUAUGCAAUAAUGGAGGGCAACAGUCCGUUUAAAACCACACAGGCGCCCAAAACUUUAAAACGGGCUCUCGUCGAACGGCUAAUACCGAAUCAUGGCGAAUGGGAACAACUAUUAAAUGUAUUAAAAUAUACGAACAAUGUGUCGAAAAUAUGACUUUAUUUUUAUGUAAAGCAGCCACCAUAUAAAGUAUAAUUUCAACGUAAAUACUGCUGAUUGUCGAUUAUGUGUUCAAAUUUAACAACUACAUUCUUUCUCUUUCUCUCAACAACAAACAGGAAACACACGUCCUACAAAAAAUGAUUGGCAGUCUGGUAAAGCCGUCCACGUCUCGUGGAUCCCAGCGCUCAGCCAAUAGGUUUAGACAAGAAGGGCGGGACUUCCUGCACUGUGACGCAAAUUUGACGGUCAAGCUUGUUAGUCCCACCUUUUUGUGUUUCCCGCACCGUCAAUCAAAAUAGAAAAAAUCGACCCGAAUUCACCGAUCAACACUAGCCCGCCUUUGAUAAAAUAAUCAUGUUCGGAGUUUAGUUGGUCAGAUAAUCCUCUCGGUUACUACCAUUCACGCUAUGACUGGUACGUAAACAUUUAACGCAUCGAAGCGUGCAACUAAUCGCGCCAGAGCAGCCUCUGAAACAAGGAGAAAUGGCGUCCGCGGACGUGGACAGCAGUCAAAGCGAGUUUCUGCAACCCGGCGGCGCAGCGGAAACACAGACAACAGACAUGUCAGCCAUUCAGCUGACGGGUUCAGACCGAUGGGGAGUGUUGACUCCUGUUUCAGCGGGGAAGGAGGACCAGGGGGUUGUUCACAUUCCAAACUCUGCAACAGUCACGUCCAACGGGCAGUAUGUGCUUCCUAUUGGGAGUCUUCCCAGCCAGCCCAUUUAUGUUACAGCAUCUGGGAAUGAGGUUGCAGCCAAUGGAGUGUCUGGCAUUCAGUAUCAGGUUAUCCCCCAAAUCCAAAAUGCAGACGGGACGCUUGCAGGAUUCUCAACGCAGGGGUUGGAUGAUGGCACUGGACAGAUCCAGCUCCUACAAGAUGGCAGCCAGGGCACAAUCGGCAUCAGCUGUGCCACGUCUGCAUCCACAGACCUCCUGACACAGACGGGACAAGUGCAGUCAAUUCAAGGGGUCUCGCUAGCUACUGGGUCAGCAUACACUAGUACAGUACCUGUAGGGCUGCCCGGCAACAUAACAUUUGUCCCAAUAAACAGUGUGGAUCUGGAGUCGCUGGGGCUCACUGCAGCACAGACAGUUCCUAUUGCAACAGGGGUAACAGCUGAAGGUCAAUUGAUCAUGAGCAGCCAGCCACUGGACAGUCAGGAUAAUGGUGGCAAACAACAGCUGGUGACAGUGAGUGAUGGCAAUGCCAACCAAGAGCUCUACGUGCCAACCACCACUACUUCCUCGUCCAACUCUUCCCAGCUUCCUGAGACCAUAGAUGGAACCGGGGUUCUGACCCAAGCAACUGCCGUUUCCGCAGGCGUGUCUGACCCCUCCUCAUCAGAGAACUUCAACUCUCACCACCACUUGCAGCAGAUCCAGGUCUCAUCUGCCAACUCCACCCCUAUCUCACAGCCAAUACUACAACUGUCCGGGGACAGUCAGGCACAGGUAGCCCAGGUGGCUCAGGGUCAGGACCUGACUGCAGCAGGCCAGACUUUACAGAGUGUACAGCUGGUCAACCCAGGAACCUUCCUCAUCCAGGCGCAAACCGUCACAGCUACCGGACAGAUCCAGUGGCAGACCUUCCAGGUUCAGGGUGUUCAGUCACUCCAGGGGCUCCAGUUGCCCCAGGGGCAGGGGCAGGCCCAGCAGCUGACUUUAGCCCCAGUUCAGACUCUCCCUCUGGCCCAAUCAGGACAAGUCAGCCUACCCAACCUCCAGACAGUCACAGUCAGUUCUGUUACACAAAGCGGAGUGCAGUACACGCAGGGAGAGGAUGCAAACAGUCCAACUGAUAUCCAGAUAAAGGAAGAACCUGACUCAGAAGAGUGGCAGCUGAGUGGAGACUCCACGCUAAACCCAAGUGACUUGAACAACCUGCGUGUUCCAAUGGGAGAAGAAGACAUGGACGCACAAGGUGGCGAGGGCAAGAGGCUCCGCAGAGUAGCCUGCACCUGCCCCAACUGCAAAGAGUCUGGAGGAAGGGGUUCAGGCGUAGGGAAGAAGAAGCAACAUAUCUGCCACAUUGCCGGCUGUGGGAAGGUUUAUGGGAAGACGUCCCAUCUCCGAGCUCACCUGCGCUGGCACAGCGGAGAGAGGCCCUUCGUCUGCAACUGGAUGUUCUGUGGAAAGAGGUUUACGAGGAGCGACGAGCUGCAGAGACACCGGAGGACACACACAGGGGAAAAGAAGUUCGUGUGCACAGAGUGCUCCAAGAGGUUCAUGCGGAGCGACCACCUGGCCAAGCACAUAAAGACUCACCAGAAUAAGAAAGGCGGGGUCAACUCCUCCACGUCCCCCACCACCACAGACGCCGUCAUCACCGCAGACGGAACCACGCUCAUCCUCCAGACCGGCACCGGCCAUGAUCUUGUAGCCAAUCAGGAGAUCCCCUUGCAACUGGUCACUGUGGCACCCGGUGAGGUCAUGGAAUGAGGAGGUUUAUCGGGGCGAGGUGGCUUUUUGAAAACUGGCCUGUCACAUGGACCUCUCUUGCUCUUCUCUUCCUUUUUUUUUACAUAUGAAUAUAUACAUAAAUAUAUAUGACAAAUAUAUAUAUUUUAAGUAAGCGUUAUCAUGACUUUAUGGUUUUUGCAGUCUUUUUAUAGGCAGGCAAAAAACAUCAAUAUGUGGUUGCUAUGUACACAGACACCGAUACACACAAAUAAGAAGACAUGCAUUAACACUCAGACAACAUGAAUACUCAACACAGUGAAAUGCCUUAUUUUGUAUCAUACUCUUGUAUAAAAUGCUGGAGGUGCAUGUGUUAUUUUAAGCUUUGCAGAUGAUGUAACCGUAACGGAUAUAAAUGUUUGUGAAACGGGGAUGAUGAUGGUGAGAAGGCGCUGAGGAAGAAGUCGGCCUCUGGAAUAUGAUUUAGCGUCUGUCUCUGGCAAAACUAACCGAGCUGGCGCUUAAAAACACGAACAGGCAGUUUGACAUUUUGGGAAAUUUGCUUGUUAAUGUUCUCCUGUAAAAUAUGAAUGCUAGCUGCAGCUUGACGUCUAGUAUCAGGACUGGAACCAGAGGGGGCUAAGCUGGCGCUGCUGAUUGGGUAACAUAUGAUUUUAACUGUGUAAUUGCACAAAGCCAAAACCUUUCCUUUUGCUUUGUACUGAUUAAACAAACAGGAUACUAUGUAAUAAUCAGCACGAAAGUUGAGCAUUUUUCCCAAAACGUGGAACCUCUCCUGUGACCGCUGCAAUGGUGAUGCUGAUGUCAUGGUUUAGAGAAAGCAGGUGGCAGCGAUGCUGUUGACUGAAGCUUUUCACCUCAGGAGGAGUAAAAGGAGGUGCGAGCAGUUCUGAAGGGCAACUUCUUCCAGCAUCUGGUCAGUUUGAACAGAAUGUCUCAUCUGUCCUCUCAAGCACACGCUACUGUGCUUUUCCACGUCAAAACACGUCUUUACUUUUCUUCCUAUACACGCUAUAUUUUUAAAUGUAAAUGCACAUUUUUUUUCUUCUAUGUAUCUUUGCUAAACUGGGUGUCGUCUAAACUAAGCCACACUGGUGAUCAUGGGUUUUUAAAGUGUAGAACGGAUACCUCUGAAUUCCAGCAGGGCUUUUAAUUGUCAGAUGCACACGGCUGCAGAAGGAGAACGUGCAACCGUGUUGCCAUGUGAAGCUAGAAACGGACAAGCCUCACGGGCGUCUUUGUCAUCUUACAUUCCAGUCGGAUAACGGAUGAUGUGGGGUAAGUUUUGCAAUAAAUGCUCUGUUGGUAAUUCUGGCCAGAUGUCACUCAAGUCAAAAGGAAAACAAUCAUGCCAUUUUUUAUUAUUAUUUUAAUUAAUGUAAUCUUUUCCUCAGUUUGUCCUUAUGUAGCAUUCAUUUACAUGUAUAUUAUCUUAUUUUCACCUUGUUUAUAGAAGCCAUUACUUAGUUAACUGAAUUUGUUUUAUCAAAACCUUAAGUGAUUUUUUUUAAAGAAUUGGUGUAAAAAUUGAAUGUUACCUUUUGUAAAACCUUUUUUCAAAUGGAUCACAAUAAAAGCCUAAAACCUUCCA